AUGGUUUCUCGCAGAAACGACUCUACCAUUGCCGCUGGAGAGCAUGUCGUCUUGCGCUUGCCAUCUGAAGGAUUAAAAAUUGUCCAUCUACAGGAGUCCGGGUUGAUCAGUUUGGGGAAGUUUGGUACAUUUGAAGUGUCGAAUAUCUUGGGGCAUCUGCUUGGCUCAUCAUUUGAGAUUGUCGAAGACAACAAAGUACGGAGGAUCAAGAGUAUAGACGAGCAGUUCGACCUAAGCCAAGCUGAUGAAAGUGUCCAAAGACAGGAAUUGUCGAAAAUGUUCAACAAUAGCGCCGAGAACAAUCAGAAUAUCAUUGACAUUGGCGAAAAGAUCCAGAGUCUAUCACGGAAGGACAUUGACGACCUCAAGAAAAGCGGCGCCUCGUCGAACAUUGGUCAGAUCAUCAUUGAGAAAAUUAUUGCUGGCCACGAAGGUUUCGACAAAAAGACAAUCUUUUCCCAGCAAAAGUAUUUAAAGAGAAAGCAGUCCAAGUUCAUGAGACGUUUCACCGUGGAUUACCUUGGAGCAACGCAGCUCUUGGAAUACUAUAUUGAAAAGGACAGCAAUAGAGUGAUGGGCUUGUCCGUGGAGUCCCUUGGGUUGAUGCUAUCUUACGGUAAUGUUCGCCCCGGUGGGAAUUAUUUGGUGAUUGACGAAACUGGAGGUGUUCUCACUUAUGCGAUGAUGGAACGAAUGGGCAAUGAGGGGACGAUUGUGUUUUUGCAUGAAAAUGAGCACCCCAAUGUCAUAGCUUUGGCCAAUUCGGACUUUGAAGACAAGGUGAUUGACCAAGUUAUCAAGCCGAUUAACUGGCUACAGUUUGCCGAGCCAGAAAAUGAAAGGAUUCAAUUUGAAGAGCAAGAUGAGUCUGAGAUCAAAAAGACGCGAUUGAAAGAACAAUAUAUCAAGAGAAGAGAUCGAGCGAUUAGCGUAAAUGCAGUGAUAGAUUUGGUUGAAAAAGCCAACUUUGACGGCUUCAUUUCAGUAUCGACGUUGUACAUGCCCGAUGUAUUGGAAUACGUCUUGCCCAAAAUUGGAGGCUCUAAACCGAUUGUUAUAUAUAACCAAUUUAAGGAGCCGCUUGCUGAAGUCCAGGAAAACUUCACCAAAGAUGGUAGAAUUUUGGCUUCUUCUAUAUUCGAGACCAGAGUGCGACCAUUCCAAACCAUACCGGGGAGAAUCCACCCGGUGAUGACAAUGAGAAGCGGUGGUGGGUAUGUGUUGUGGGGAACACGUGUCAUCCCCAAUGAGAGUGUCAUUGCCGUCGGCAAAGGUAUCAAAAGGAAACGGGAAGAGUCGGUGGAGUCCGACUUGGACGCGUCUGACAGUAAAGCUCUGGAAAGCGGCAACGAAAUCUCACCAUAA